AUGUCAACUAUAUCCUGCCGAGGCUGUCUGCAGCUGGUGAAGUCAGAAGCAGAAGACAUUAUUAGCUACGGAGGAAAAGUUAACCGUGCUUGCGAAGAUUUCGAUUUCAAUAACGUUAAAAUCGAUCAAUUCAAAUGUCUGGUAUUUGUUUGCGGAAUGAAGGCUCAUUGCUACGCGGACAUUCGGGCCAAACUGCUCUCCCGGAUUGAAGGUGAAACUGUAGAAGCUCCCGUGUCCCUUCAAAAUCUGAUAGACGAUUAUCAACGACUUGUCAAUCUCAAGGCCGACACUUCUUUGAUUGAGCGUCAGUCAAGCUCAAAACCAACGGUACAUGCAGUGCAAGAAAAACAGGUGAAAUUCCGUCAGCAACAGUCUUCGAAAUCGGAUAAUAAACUACCUCGCACACCUUGUUGGCAAUGCGGUCAGAUGCACUACGUUCGGGACUGCACAUUUUCAAAUCAUUUGUGCAAACAGUGUAAUUGUAUUGGGCAUAAGGAAGGAUACUAUGGCUGUUUUUCCAAACCAAAACCAACUCAAGUUCAAGGGGAAAAGAAAAAGAAAUCACACAAAUCAAGCAAAGCAGAAUCCCGAGUUAUAUAUAUUGUGAAUCACAUCGCUCAGCACUCCAGCAAGCGGAAGUUCGUGCCAACAUUCAUCAACGGUAUAGCGACUAAACUGCAGUUGGAUACCGCAAGUGACAUCACGGUUAUUUCGGAGCGAACCUGGAAUAUUUUGGGUAAACCUGAAAUCAAAAAUACAAUGGUUGAAGCUAUCAAUGCAUCAGGCAAGCCACUCAAAUUGAUUGGUGAAUUCCAGUGUGAAGUCAGCAUCAACGCUAAAACUUGUCAAGGAAGAUGCUUUGUUACUACGGCUCCGAACCUCAACUUAAUGGGCAUUGACUGGAUCGAACAAUUUGGUUUAUGGUCAAUUCCUAUCGAUUCCAUAUGCAAUCAGUUACAAACCAAAACGGUCGACAAACAAAUAUCUGAUUUUCGAGCAAAACAUGCAGACGUUUUCAACGGUACACUAGGACACUGUAAGAAAAUAAAGGUGAAGCUAUUUUUGAAAUCGAAUGCCAAACCAAUUUUCUGUCCAAAAAGACCAGUUCCUUUCAACACAAUACCAUUGGUAAAUGCUGAACUUACACGGUUGCAAUCAUUAGGCAUCAUUGAACCAGUCGAUUUUUCGGAAUGGGCUGCGCCAAUCGUUGCUGUACGCAAGCCUAAUGGGAAAGUUCGCAUCUGUGCAGAUUAUUCCACGGGGCUCAAUGAUGCAUUAGAACCAAACCAUUAUCCGCUACCGACCCCGGAAGAAAUUUUUGCUCAGCUUAAUGGCAGCACCAUCUUCAGCGUCGUUGAUCUUUCUGAUGCAUACUUGCAACUCGAAGUUGAUGAUGAAUCAAAAAAACUGCUUACUAUCAAUACGCAUCGUGGUUUGUUUCGAUUCAAUCGCCUUGCUCCUGGGGUAAAAUCAGCACCAGGUGCAUUCCAGCGCCUAGUGGAUGGAAUGAUUGCAAACAUACUCGGUGUCAGAUCUUUUCAACUUCCGGAGAGGUUUAAGCCAUAUUGGAUGAUGAAACCUUAA